AGAUAUAACACGUAGUACUCUCCGCUCUAUGCCGAGGUCGCCACAAUUUUUAUAGUUAGAAACCAAAAAUUCUCCCCUCCUCCUAGGGGAUUCCCGCCAGCGCUCGUGUCAUUCUUUAUCUUUGUGCCGAGAUAGUCACAUCGCCAGUGCAUUUUCAAGGAAAAAAUAAGGAAAAAAUGGGAAAAAGGAAGCACAAGAGCUCACGUUCAGACGAUGAAUCCAAGGAAAAUAAAGUAAACAAAAAAAUGAGGCGUUUAUCGAAGGAAUUAAGGAAAUUAAAAAACAUAAUACAGAAAGGUACAAGAAACAAUGAGUCAAAGGCAGAGAACCGGGGUCAACAAGAAUCAACUAAAAAAGCAGACUUGAGGAGUUUAUCGAGAAGCCCCUCAUGUACUCCUCCAAAUUCUCUGUUAGAAUUUUCGGAGGAUUAUCAACACUCGCCUUUGACAAAUGACGAGAUCAUGGUUAACCCAACGAAAGUUAAUUCAGCGGUUGUAAUGCAAAACCAUGAUCCCAACGGUGUUGCUACAACGCAAUCAAACAUCUCUAAUGAAGGUCAACUGACACCUAAGGCCGGAGAAAAUUCAGCUCCUCCAAAUAACCAGGAAGCUGACGUUUCCACACAGGGAAACGAGGUCGUCAUCGAAGACCUGGACAUAGAAAUUCUAGAAGCUAUCGGCAAACGAGUAGCGGAAGAUAGAGUGCUAGCUCCUUCAAUUCCAAAAAGCAUCGCCGUUCGAUUGGAGGACAUUUUAAAAAAAGGUCUUCCAAAAGAAGAAAAGGAAAAAUUAAUAAAGGAACACGCACCACCAAAAAAUUGCACAUUGAUAGAUCCUCCCAAAUUAAAUGACGAAAUUAAAGUUUCUGUAAUGGAAACAACCACGAAAAGGGAUGAUCGCAUAAUAGAAAAGCAAAAAAAAAAAAAAAUUACAGCUUGUCUUGCCCUAAUGGGAAGUGCCAUAGUGGAUAUCAUUAACAGUAAUAAAACAGAGAGAGAAAAUCCAAAAUUACCCCCCACUCAAAUUGAAUUAAUUAAGAAGAUCAGCGAGGCUACUCGAUUAUUAGCAGAUCUGCAGAGAGAUGAGACCCUGACUCGCAGGAGCCUAAUCCUUGCUGUCAUUAAUAGCUCUCAGAAGGAAGUCUUACAAUCAUCAACGGCGGAUGAAUGGCUCUUUGGCCAGAAGUUGGGCGAUCGUUUAAAGGCGGCAAAAUCAAUUGAACGAUCGAGUAAGGAUCUGAAGGCGAACCCUAAAAACACUAAGAAAACAAAAAACUUCAAGGCCCCGCCUCGACGUCAACCCUUCAAACCCAAGACGUCAGGCGGGUAUCGAAACAAAAGUUACAAUCGAAACCAUCCCAACAAGAAAAAUUGGGGAGGUCAGAACGAGGAAAAUCGCAGCAGUCCCAAAUCACAAACUCCAGCACAACAGAAGAAAUCACAAAAUUAAGUGACGUAAGUAGACCGGCGGGUAGAUUAAAAUUUUACCUAGAAGAAUGGAAAGCUUUAACUACCGAUUCCAGAAUUCUGGAGUGGAUAGAGGGAUAUAAAAUUCCUUUUGCUCGUUCAGUAUUUCAAAAUACAAAUCCAAAAGAGCCCAUGUGGUCCUUAACAGAGAAAAACACAAUUAGAGAACACAUUGAGCAAUUAAUUUCAAAAGAAGUAGUAAGUAAAAGCCAUUCACAAAAAAAUCAAUUCCUAUCUAGUAUUUUUUUGAUUCCAAAACCGGAUGGCUCAAGUAGAUUAAUUCUUAACUUGAAAAAAUUAAAUAAAUUUAUUGACACGGAUCACUUUAAAAUGGAGGGUUAUAAGAUAGCGAGUAAAUUAGUAAGUCACAACUGUUAUAUGUGUAGAUUAGAUCUCAAAGAGGCUUAUUACACGAUCCCCAUUGACAAAGGUUAUAGAAAAUACUUGAGUUUUUUAUUUGAAGACAAACUUUAUGAAUUUAAUUGCUUACCGUUUGGCCUUAAUACGGCUCCAUAUGUGUUCACAAAAAUCAUGAAACCGGUGAUAAGCUAUCUAAGAAGUUUGGGAAUUUUAUCGGUAAUUUAUCUUGAUGAUUUACUUCUAUUAGGAAACACAUACGCAGAAUGCUUAAAGAACGUAAACACAUCUGUGGAACUGUUAGAAAGGUUAGGUUUUAUCAUUAAUGAGGAAAAAAGCUGUAAGAUUCCCUCUCAGAGCUGUAAAUUCCUUGGCUUUGUAUUAAAUUCACAAAAAAUGACAUUAGAAUUGCCACCA